GCCAAUCCUGUUUGUUCUAUUUCUGUGAUUCGCAGUAGGAAGUUUCAUUAUUAAUUUAUAUGUCUUAAAAUGUAAAAGAUGGUGGUCAAAUAAUGAUGUUAACGUAGCCCGCUCUUAGUGAGUCGGUAAGACCGAGCUGGAAAGAUGUUGCCUGGCGUGUUUUAUGCGCUAAUGGCGGGGUUUUUGGCAGCUUUAGCUUCAUCUUCUGCUAAGUUGUCACUUGGUGCUGAUUAUCUGAAAGAUGUGUGUGAAACAGGACUGAAGAUCUGGACAGACAGACAGGGAAACUCUGACGAUGCUACAGCUUGUGACUGGUUGCAUAUACCUUUGCGGCUGCUGUGUGGAGGUCUUCUGUUUACCUGCAAUGCUGUGAUGUGGACCUUCUUCUCCAAAGCCCUCCGGCACUCGUCUUCCUCUGCCCGGGCCACUGUGACCACCACUGCCUCAAAUUUUAUAUCCUCUGCUUUCCUUGGACAUGUGAUCUUCGGUGAAACUCAUGCCACACUGUGGUGGGUUGGUAUCAUUUUGACCCUGACCGGGCUUUUUGUCUUGCAUGGAUCAACUCCUCAGGCUCCACAGGAAAACGUGGAUAAGAAACAUGAGUAGAUAACACAGGGAGCAACAAUGCCUUAUCAAAUGCUUGAAGUCAAUCAACCAAGUCAGACAGCAUGAAAGAUAAGCACUUAAAGCUAAUAAGGAUUUUUUAUGCAAGACUGCGGUACAAGUAUCUUUUAUAAGAGCAUUGCGGUUCAUUUAUUAAUGUGAGUUUUAGUCAUGUGAAUGUUGACACGAUGCAAAGCUUCUAAAUGUGUCUCACUUUGUGCCUGUAGUCAGUAGGUUACUUCAAACUGUGACAUGAGAUGUUUAUAUUUUAUUCUUAUCAUUUUUUUUUUAUUUGGUGGGGAGUUGUUGUUGGUUAAUAGACCAAAUACUAUAAAAUACUUGUUUAAGCUUUGGAAUUAAAACAAUUGAAGAAAGAUAAUUGUGAAUUUUAUCUCAUAAUUUGGAUUUCCAUUUUAAAGUUGAGAGUUUAUUUUGUAAUUUCAAGACUGUAAAGAUUGUAACAUUGUGCAAGUUAAUAAUUAACACAUCAUAAUUUUAGGUUACUGUGAGGAAAAACUGAACUCACAAUUGCAAGAAAUAAAAGUAGGGUUCUAAGAAAAAACAAAACAAAAUCCGUGAGAUAUAAAUGCAGAAGUCUGCCUCUUUUUCUUGCGAUUCAUUUUUCUCUGAAUUGUUUGUCUUGCAGUUUUCAUCAUUUUCUAUGAAAUAAGAAACAAAAGCAAACCUUGAAUUGUGAAAUAAAGUUUCAAUAUUUUUUGUAUAAUAUUCAAUUUUUUUUGUAUAAUCCUGUGGCAGAAACAGGCUUCCAUAGCUGUGAAUCACAAUUGAGAAAUCUUUUACCUACAAGCUUGAGAUUUUAAAAGUCUUCUGGAGUAAAUCGAUUUGAAUAAACAUUCAAUCAUUCAUUCA